CAUCCCGUGCGCGCUCACCCGAGACACCUGGCUGCGGAUCGUCACACUAUGUCUUCUAUAUUGAACUUUGCUGAACAAUUUUUUACUAGGUUUACUUAUGUUACUAAGACCAUUUUUGAUAAGAAGGUCACAGAAGAUGUUUACUAUAUAGGUAGUUACAGACAAGGUGUUUCACACUAUAUUCUAAUGACAAAAAGUGGAUUAGGAAGACCCUUAUUAAGGAGGAUAUUAUUAAGAACAAGAAACGGGCUAAGCAUAUGUUCACACACUGUGACUUAA